CCUCAGUUGCUUUGAUUGGACAAAAGUUGUCCAAACCAAAGCAAAACAGCAUUCACGCCACUUCUUUGCUUUCCUUGUUGUUUCUCACCCUCCAAACAGCUUUCUGUGUCUCGACGAUGGAUUCUUUCUCAUGCAUUGCAAGAAGAACUCGUUCACAAACAUAUUAUUUGAGAAACGCGAGAAAAUCAAAGGGUGUUGGAGAAAAUCAAGGGCGAUGGGGUGAUUCAGGGCAUGGUGCCUCCGCAAAAUCAAAACUUGGGAAGAGGAAAAGGAACGGACUUGAGGAGGAAGACGAUGUUGAGCUGUUGAGGAGUCUGUCUGAUUCCAGUGUUAUAAGUAUUUCUUCAGAUUCCGACGACAAUGACGGUGAACCUGAACCUGAAUAUGGGCUACCGGAGGAGGAGGAAGAAUCAGAUUCUUGUUCCAAACAACAGAUUUCCUCGUGUAAAAGGGAAUCAAAUGUUGAUCAAUCCAGGCAUUCUGAGGAUUCUAGCUUGCAUGAAGAAGAAGAUGCUGUGGACGAUGAGUCUGAUGAAAGUGAAGAGGAAAAGGAAGUAAGUGUUGAGAGGCAAAAAGGAGAUGAAGACCUGGUGGAAGAUUUAUUAGCUCCUUUGAAGGAAAAAGAUUCUAACAAAUGUUCUCAUUCUCCUUGUAGAAAGGAGACACUUACUCAAAAGUUCAGUUUUGGGUUUGAUAACCCCGUUGAGAAUUCAGGGUAUGAGGAGGAAGAACUAAACAAUCUAUGGAAUGAUAUGGAUUUCAAUUUCAGAUUGGAUGAAGGUCGUUCAACAGAUUGUGGUGCAGUUAGUGACGAUAAGAAAAAUGAAUCAGGAAAUGGAACACAUGAUGCCAGCCUUUGUUCUCAAGGGGAGUGUGAUCUUAUCUUUGAUUCGCCCAGGUCUAGUGCUAUAAGUAUUUCUUCAGAUUCCAAUGACACUGAUAGCGAACCUGAACAUGGGUUAACAGAGGGGGAAGAAUCACAUUUUUGUUCCGAACAACAUACUUCUUUGGGUAAAGGGGACAAAAAUGUCCACCAGUCCAGGAAUUCUAAGGAUUCUUGCAAGGAAGAAGAAUCUGAUGAGGGGAGAGAUGGACAGUCUGAUGAAAGUAAAGAGGAAAAGAGAGUAAGAGUUCCGAGAAAGAAAAGGGAGAAAAAGAAAGUGAGAGUGGCCAAAGAAGAAAAUGCUAAUUUUGUUAGAGUUCUAGCUGAUUCAAUACUGAAAAAAGGAGAUGGAAAUUUGCUAGAAGAUUUAUUAGCUCCUUUGAAGGAAGAAGAUCCUGACAAAGGUUCUGAUUCUCCUUGUACAGAGGAGACACUUCCUCAAAGGUUUAGUUUUGGGAUUGAUAAGCCAGUUGAAAAAUCAGGAUCUGAGGAAGAGCUGGACAAUUUAUGGAAAGAAAUGGAUUUCAAUCUCACAUUGGAUGAAAUUGGUUCAACAGAUUAUGGUGCAGUUAGUGACAAUGAGAAGAAUGAAUCAGCAAAUGGAGAAAAUGAUGCCAGCCUUUGUUCUAAAGGGGAGCAUGAUCUCAUCCUUGAUUUGGAACUCGGUCUAAGAUGCAUUGUUUGUGGUUUUGUGAAACUUGAGAUUAAAUAUGUUUGCUCACCUAUAGAAAAAGAUUACCAUGGCUCAGAGAGAGAGAAUUUGUAUUUUGAAAAGGAUGGUUCUUUGUUCAAUCAACUCAAGUUACAGUUGGGAGGGGGGAAUUUAUGGGAUUCCUGUGAUCUUAUGGAAGGCAAAGUUUGGGAAUUGAUACCAGAGAUUUGGAUGAACUUGUAUCCUCACCAACGAGAGGGUUUCAGGUUCUUGUGGAAGAAUUUAGCUGGAAGUUUUGAUCUUGCUAAGUUGAGGAGCUCAAAUGCUAAUCAGAUCGGAGGCUGCAUAAUUUCACAUGCUCCUGGGACUGGAAAAACAAGAUUGACAAUGGUCUUUCUCCAAGCAUUUCUGCAAAUUUUCCAGAACUGCAGGCCUGUAAUUGUUGCUCCUAAAAGUGUAUUAGUUACUUGGGUGGAAGAAUUUAAGAAGUGGAAGAUUAAUGUUCCAUUUCAUAACUUGAAUGACCUAGAGUUUUCAGAAGAGGAGAGAAAGGUAGUUGUGGACUAUAUGGAGAAAAUUAGGCACAAAAACUUCAGCAAGAAUGAGAUACGUAUGAUGAAGUUGUAUUUGUGGACAAACAAGCCAAGCAUACUUGGAGUUAGCUACUGUUUGUUUGAGAAGCUUGUUGGUGGUAAAUUCACUAAUGAUGAAGGGAGAAAGAAGAAGAGGAAGGAAGCAAAAGCAGAGACAAAGGUUCCUAAGAAAAGUAAUGGGGUUGUUGGUGAAGAAAGAGAAGAAAUGAGGAAGAUUCUGCUUGAGAUGCCAGGCUUGCUAGUCCUUGAUGAGGGGCAUACACCGAGGAAUCACAGGAGUGGAAUUUGGAAAUGUCUGUCAAAAGUUAAGACUAAAAGGCGGAUCAUCCUUUCAGGGACACCAUUUCAGAACAAUUUCACUGAGCUCUAUAAUACACUGUGCAUAGUAAGACCUUCAUUACCAGACAAGAUCCCAUUGCAGCUCAAGAAAUUCUGUCAAAAGACAUUGAUGCCAAGAAACAGAGCAAGUAAUGUACUUGAAAGGCCUGAUGAUAGAGAAAUAGAGGAGCUGAAAGCCUUAAUGGCUCCAUUUGUCCACAUUCACAAAGGUGACAUACUAAAGAAAAGCCUCCCUGGAUUGACAGAGUGUGUUGUGUUGUUGAAUGCUCCUAAUAUGCAGAAGGAGCUUCUAAAGUGUGUUGAAUGUCAAAACACUUUUGACUUUGAACAUAAGAUAACAGUUAUAUCUGUGCAUCCUGCACUAGUGUGGAAAUGUUCUUUAUCUCACAAGGAAGAAUCAGCAAUCAAACGGGUUAUUUCAAAAAGGCUGAAAAAGAACAGAACAGAUUUUCUGCAGAAACUAAAACAGAAUCCAAAUGAAGAACAGCUUAACUUGGUGUUCAAAUGGAAUGAGGGAGAGCAAGUGUUAUGCAUGCACGGGAAACUAGAUCUGAAACAGCGGCACUCUUUGAUAAACAUCUUCAACGAUCCCAACAGUGAAGCGAAGGUGCUGCUAGCAUCAACAAAGGCCUGUUCAGAAGGAAUACACCUUGUCGGUGCAUCAAGAGUAAUCUUGCUUGAUGUUGUUUGGAAUCCAUCUGUUGAAAGGCAAGCUAUAAGCAGGGCAUAUAGACUUGGCCAGAAGAAAGAGGUUUACACUUAUCAUUUGAUGAUAUCAGGCACACUGGAAUCUGAUAAAUAUUGUACACAGGCAGAAAAGGAUCGUGUAUCAGAAUUAGUCUUUUCUUCAGGCAACAGGGAAAAUGGUGUCUCGAAAAAAUCUGUUGUUUCAAGUGAUAAAAUCCUCGAUGAGAUGGCUUCUCAUGCCAAACUCAAAGGCAUGAUUGAAAGCAUCAUAUACCAGCCAAAAGAAUCAUCUUUAAUUAAAAGCUUCAGUUUGUAGAGAUUUUUGGCAUGGUUUUUGCUUGAUUCAGGUCUGCUUUUGUGUCGAUGGAAUGACUGUAGUUCUGUUUAAAGAAUAAUAUCAACACUUUUAU